AUGAGCGGAGUACCUUGUGUUCAUGCUUAUGCAGUGAUAAAGCUACUUCAUGGUAGUGUUUAUGAAUUUGUCGAUCAUUGCUAUAAGCUGUCAGCCCAAGAGAAGAUAUAUGCAAGUAGUAUGAGGCCAAUUGCAACACAUGAUUGUCCUCAUCUCGAAGCUCUCACUGUUACGCAAAUGAUAACGGGAACAUUUUUACAGCCACCAAUUACUAAAAGACCCUCAGGGAGGCAAAAGAAAAGAAGGAUUGAAUCUCAAUUUCAAAGCAAAAAACUUUACCACUGUGGAAGAUGCCAUGAGCCAGGCCACACUGUGAAGACUUGCCAGAACCCCAAUCCAAGUUGA